AUGGCUUCAAAUGCUGGAUCUAUUUGCUCUCGCCCCGUGGUCUUUCUCCCGGAGCCCUACAAUGCCAUCUAUGAAAUCCACGAGAUCUCGCCGGCGGGCUCAGUGGUGAAAACAUACCGCCUUCGACUGGCCUCAGAUUCGAAACCAGAGAAUCUCAUUUCAGAGCCCCUUCAUCAUGACACCCUUGAGUUUACUGCUUUCUACCACCCGGAACCGGAGUCGGUUCCAGAAGGGAAUAAUUCACCGUGGGCUCGAGCGAAGCGUAGCCCAUUAUCAUUGAUGCAAUGGGACGGCCAUGCACCUACGGUAGGACAAGCCUGGACUGUCAUCUACACCGCUUUCACACUUCGACCUGAUCUUGAAGUCUUCCGGCUCAAACUCUCCGGACCAGAUACCCCGGCGGUGGCUGGGCAGCUGCAAGCAGUCGGUUUGGCCAUAUUUCAUCCGCCACCAUCUGCUCCUCCAGGACAACCAACCCCACUUUCGCAUAACCAUAAAGACCUGCUUGUCAUUCCAAGGAGCACAUUCUGGCAAGGGGCCGGAUCUCCCUUUGGACCAAGACCGCUAUGGGUUAUCGGCUCUAGGAAUCGUAUUCUGGCGGGCUCUGCAUAUCCCAAUGUCCCCUUGGAAUAUACCCUCACGACCAAGUUUCCUGGCGUGCGAGUUCACGCACGUCAUCCUGUCAGACCGCUAAAGCCAAUCCCUGGGUCAACGAUAUACAGUCGGUAUAUUCCCCAUUUAAAGGAAACUUUCUCCAUGGUUGCUCUUGACUGGCAGAAUGAGGAACACGUGAAGUAUUUCCAUGUUUGGCAAAACGAACCGCGCGUUGCACAAAGUUGGAAUGAGACGGGCACCUUGGAACAGCAUCGAGAGUAUCUUCGAAAGGUGCAUCAUGACCAGCACCAAUUUUCUGUUUUGGGAAAGUUUGACGAGAAUUACUUUGCUUAUUUUGAGAUUUACUGGGCAAAGGAGGACCAUAUCGGAGCCUAUUAUGAUGCUGGAGACUACGACCGCGGCCGUCAUUUCCUAGUUGGAGAGGCCAGAUUCCGCGGCCCGCACCGAGUCAAGGCAUGGCAUACCAGCUUGACACACUACAUGUUCCUUGACGAACCUCGCACCAACCUGGUGGUCGCUGAGCCUCGAGCGUCAGGGACCAAGGUCCUCGGGUAUGACCAGGCAAAUGGCUACUACAUCGACAAAUGGAUCGAUCUACCCCAUAAGCGUGCUGCAUUGGUCAAGUGCACGCGAGAGAGGUUCUUCCAACUCUGUCCGUUUGAAUAUGAGAGCUCUACGUAG